CUUUAAUUAUUUUUUUCUCUCUUGUUCUGCAUAUUGUUUUCUUUCUCCAACUCAUCUUGUUUCCCUUUAAACAAAUCUAUUCCUAUUCUCAUUACUAGAGAACAAAAUAUUUUACAAGAAAAAAUUAUAUGCGAGUAAUAAAAGGCGACUCUAAUAUGCUUAACUUUGACCAGCUUAUGGCACAAGCUACUCAAGUAGCUAAACAACAAGACGCUUCUCUUAUGGAAAGAGCGCGACAAAAGCGACGUGAGGACGAGGAAAGACGUCGCCGAGAACUAAAAGAACAAAGAGAACGAGAAGAAGCGCAGGCGCAGUUGGCUAAGAAGCGUGAACUUCAGGAAAAGAAACAAAAAAUACUCUUAGAACAAAAGAGGCAAGAGAGGGAACAAGAAAAACGACGUCUACAAAAUGAAAAAUUAGCGAACAAAUCACGCUCCUUAGGCUCAAAUAGCAGUAAGAAUGCUUUCAGCAUUAAAAAGACAUCUGUUUCGACAUUUUUACCUGAAAAAAAGAAACCCGUUCACAUGUCUUUUGAUGAUUUGAUGAAGAAAGCCAAAGAACAAUCACUCAACAAGAAAGCAACUGAUUCAAAGCCUUCAGUAACCAAGAAAAGUGACAGCAUUAGUCGUCAAGUAAAUAAUAACGAUCCUCAUACCCCCAGCCUAUAUCAUCGUGCCAAAAGACCUGAAUCGACAAAAAUCAACACAGAAACCAACCUUAAUUUAUCAGCUCGAGAGCGAGCUCGGCAGAUGGUUGCAGAACCACCUAAAAAAGUAAAUUUACAGAAGCGAGAUCGUCGAAGCAUAUCCGAUGUUCAGCGUGAAAUUCGCCAUAGUAAAGGCAUUCACUCAGACGAUGAAUCAGACAGAAUCAGAAAGCUCAACAGACCAUCACAAAGAAGUCCUCCACUACCAACAUCACGCAAAAAGCCUCUUUCUCCACCACCGAGAGCAACUGCUGGAAAACGGCCUCCUAUGGACAAUAGAAGACCGCCUUCGCAACCGCCUGUUAGACGAAUGCCUUUUUCUGGUAGACCUAUGGACUCUAACGCACGCAAGUCUAUAAUGAGACGACGUCCAAGAGAGGAAGAAGAAGAAAUGGACGAAGAACUUGCAGAGUUUAUUGUGGAUGAUGAAGAUGAGGACGAAGGUUAUGGAUACAAUAGAAAUCCUCGUAGAAGCAGUUAUUCAGAAGAAAUCAGUAAAAUCUUUAGAUAUGACAGAAAUAGAUAUGCAAAUGAGCCAGUUUGGUCUGAUGAUGAUAUGGAAGCAAAUGCAAGCGAUGUAUUAAGAGAAGAAAAACGAAGUGAGCGUAUUGCCAGACGCGAAGAUUUGAUCGAAGAACAAAAAGAAUUAGAAAGAUUAAAAAAGAAGAAAAAGGCUUAAAUGUAUAUAUAAAAUAAGACUGUUAAUUUCAUUUUCUUGAUGAUAC